AUGGCGCUGGACGUCACGUCACAAGUACAUGCUAGUUUAGGUAGAUCCUUUUGUACUUCGCAGGGAGCCCUACCUAACACUGGAGGUGCUGAAGUCUGGCAAGGAUAUUACCAAUCUGCGCGUCUCACGAGAGGAAAAAUGAUGAUUAACUUAGAUCUAAGCGCUACCGCUUUCUAUGAAGGUGGUUCACUCGUUCAAAUAGACCUUAGAUCUCCUGAUGAUCUACGUAGAGGCCUUUCUGGAAGGAACCAUCACGCAGUUGAAACAACUAUAAGAAAUCUUAAAAUAAGAGAUAAUCAUAGAACCGGAAAUAAAGAACUUUCAAGUUCGAAAAAUUAA